UUGGCUGAAGAGUUGGAGUGGGAAGAGACCAAAGGGCUGAGUUUGUUAAAUUGAUAAAGACAAAAUUUCCUUGGUUACUGAAAGAGUAAAAUAAAUGACAUCUUUCACCAUUUCUUGAUAGAGAGUUAUUUUACACACACACACACACACACACACACCCUCCUUCCCUAAGGCAUUUCUGAUAUCCCUUUAGGAAGAAAAAUGGAAGAGUAGACUCCAGAGCCCAAGUCAGCUCUACCCCGAUUUUACCCCUUGCGUGGAGACCCUGUCUGAGGCUGAAUUCGAAAGCACUGAUGUCUAGUGAGAGACAAGCUGCUGCCAGUGGCUGCUCUGGGAGCCCGACUUUACCACCUUUCGAAGCUAAGAUCUCCACCUCCACCCCCGGAAGUGCACGGGUGUCCUGGCAUGUGGGAACUCAUACUCUCCAAGGGACAGUGACGGGUCCACCCUUGCCCUAGCCUGAAGGCCAGAGAAUGAGCUGGGUUCUUGCUAUACCUGAAGGGAAAUCCAUCUUCAGCAAGCAGGCCUGACAGGUCCUUAAACACAGCUGAGCCGUGCAGGUCUGGAUGUCCUACAGCAGUGAAUCUCAACCUGUGGGUCGCGACCCCCUUGGCAGUCAGACAGCCUUGUUGAAAGGAUCAACUAAGACCAUCAGAAAAUAGAGACAUUUAUAUCACAGUUCAUAACAGUAGCAAAAUUACUGUUCCGCAGUAGCAAGGAGAUAAUUUUAUGGUUGCGGGAUCACCACAGCCUGAGCAGCUGUGUUAUAGGGUCGCAGAGAUAGGAAGGCUGAGAACUGCUGUCCUGAAGGAACAGGAAUCAGAGGUUCUGGGUCUGCUCCCUGACCUAUGGCCCCAGGCUCUUCUGCCUGAAGCAUACCGUUGACCCUGUCCUGAGGGUCAACACUGAGCCCCGCGGAAGUGGCCCCGCAGCCUGGAUCACACAGGGUCAGAGUCUGGGAGCAUCACAGAGCAUCAGAGGCCAGGCUGGCUCCCUGCAAUCCUGAGGUCAGGGUGGGAACCAGAGAGUAGAGUGUUGACUCUUGGAAAGUUCCUGCCUUGCAUCUGGCUUUGCAGUUUAAAGAGUCGCUGGCUGCCUCUGCCCGGAGCCCUGGCUCCUGUUUAAUAUUCCGCUGCCUGGUUGAUGUUGUGCUUGGCUCCUGUGGGACUGCAACUCACGGCUGGAAACUGGAGCCAAUUUUCUGUCUUCGUCUCGCAGUGUUUUGACUGGAGGCAGAUCCAGUUCAGGCCGAUCAGGGCUGUGGAAACAACUACCAAGUGUCUGUCUGCUUCACCCCGGGAGGAGAGAGUGUGGCCAAGGAGCUGGGAAGAGGAGAGCGCUGGGAGGACCCUAGGGACUUCUGCCUUGCCCCCGCCCCCAACUGAUCUAAGGCUGUCAGAGAUGACGCUGGUUCUGUCCAUGAAUAGAUUCUGCGAGCCCAUUGUCUCAGAAGGAGCUGCUGAAAUCGCCGGGUACCAAACACUAUGGGAGGCUGACAGCUACCGAGGUGCAAGCCCCCCAGGGCCAGCACAGGUUCCUUUACAGGCAGACCGAGCAGCCAGCCCCCAACUGGCAGGAUCGCACUACCGGGGAAUUCCAAAUCCUGUCGGCGCAUCCAAGGUCACAUACUUCAAGAGGAAGUACGCCCAAGAGGAGGAUCUUCACCCACCCCUCAGCAGCUGCAGCCAUAAAACCAUCUCCAUUUUUGAAGAGCGAGCCCACAUCCUUUACAUGUCCUUGGAGAAGCUCAGGUUCAUUGAUGACCCGGAAGUGUACCUGCGGAGAUCCGUCCUCAUUAACAACCUGAUGAAGAGGAUCCAUGGGGAAAUCCUCAUGCAGAACAGCUGGUGCCUCCCCGCAUGUUCUCUCGGUGGCACCUCCGCCCAAGAGUGGUUCCUGGCUCAAGACUGUCCUUACCGGAAACGGCCCCGGGUGGCCAAAGAGGAGUGGGAGAAAGUCCACACUUGCUGCUUGUACCAGGAGUGUGGCGGUCACUGCCUGAAUUUGCCCCUUUCUGUCAAUGCCGGUGUUGGAAGCAGUUCUGCUGCUGCCCCGGCUGCAUCUCCCUGUAUCUCCCCAUCCGCCUCCUCCUCCCCAUCCUCUUCCUCCUCCCCAUCCUCCUCCUCCCCAUCUACCUCCUCCUCCUCCUCCUCUUCCUCCUCCCCUCUGCCGUUGCCUAGCUGUUCCCACCAUGUGGACUUUGAUAUAGGCAGCGCCCCCAUCUACAAGAGCGACGGCCAAAUACCUGCCAAUGAAAUUUUCGUCACUAACAUUAGGUCACUUGGUGUCCAGGAAAAGGCCAAAUUCAACGAUGGGAAAGUAAGCCAGGACACCAGCAGAGACGGUGACGCCCUUGGCCAAGAACCUCUGGGGAACGACCUUGAUUUUGAGUGCAAAGGCCAAUUUUACGACUAUUUUGAGACUGGAUAUAAUGAGAAAAGCCACAUGAGUGAGUCUUGGAAGAAGUCUUUGAGGAGAAAGGGGCUUUCCCCAAGCCCCAAACUGUGCUGCAGCAGAGGGAGUAAGAUGUGACCGUUCUCCCGCUGGCACACGCAAGGACGCGCAGCAUGACCAGCCUCUGUCUUGAAUGGAUUUUGUAGUUUUGUACAACUGAUAACAUUGUGCAGUGAACACGCUGUGUUGUCUCGCUGCCCCGAGAGCAGACUGCACAAAACAUCUGUACAGUAGGCCCCAAGUCACCUGUUGAUGUGAUUUUCUGAGGAAAGCCAACUUUGUGUUUGAAAGUGUAUCUUAGUUUUCUUUAAAAAAAAAAAAAUUAGUAGAUUAGGUUGAGGACAACAUGCCCUUGUUCUAUUCCCACUGCCCCUCCAAGAAGCCCGCCACUAGUUAAGUUCAGCAUGUUUGCCGGUUAAUUGGGUAGUUAUUUGGCAAACAAAUCAAUAUAACAGCAGAGUUGUCUGCUUCGUCCGUAUGAUACAGCAUUUCCUUCUGAGUGAAAGACUGAAGACAGGAAGAUAGAUGAAGCGGUUUCGUGAGUUGUGACGUGUUUGUAUUGAACAGUGAGACAAAAUGACAACACCCGGCAGGUAGCAGUGUAGGAACUGUGGAGACUGUACCUGCGAGCUCCUAGCUUGCCUGUGGUGGGUAAUGGGUGACUAGGGAAGAGGUAUACGGGGCCGUCUCUGAUGGUCUCUGUGGGAAGGAGAUAUACACGGCCGUCUGAUGGGCUCUGUAGGCAGGAGGUGUACACGGCCGUCUC